ACGGGUCGAAUCCUACUUCAAAUUCUCUUUCCUCUCGGCUUGUCGACCGGGGAAAACAAACCGACCCGAGGCACAGCGAAUGGGGAUUUACUAAUUAACUACUUACUGAGAGAUACACACCUCCUCAGCGCCCUCCCUCCCUCUCAUUCAGUUCCCUCGGUCGUGGUUAUUAGUGUAGAGGUGCUUCCACGGUUCCCGGCUCCGCGCGCCCCCGGAUCACACACCAGGAGAGUGAAAGCGCACACGGGUUAGAUAGUUUCUACUUUGGACGGUUGGAGAACACUGUCAGGAAAGGCUGAGCGCAUCAUUAUAGCUGCACGGAACGGCACAAUCUUUGCUCUUCGAAGUGGAUCAGAUAAAGCCCAGAGAUUUUCGGCCCAUCUUACAGCCAGCAGCCACGGUGCCGGCUCCGGCCCUUGGUUUCCGUCUGAGGCGAGGCCAUUUGGGAUAGCCGGUGUAGUGGAGGUAUGGACUGUAACUGUGUUAGUGACCUGCUGCUCACGCCACCCGUCCCAACCCUCUGGACACCAGGCAUCGCCUUCCCAGACUGGGCCUAUAAGCCAGAGUCAAGCCCAGGCUCCAGGCAGAUCCAGCUGUGGCACUUCAUCCUGGAGCUUCUGCAGAAGGAGGAAUACCAGGGGGUGAUUGCCUGGCAGGGAGACUAUGGUGAAUUUGUGAUCAAAGACCCAGACGAGGUGGCAAGACUGUGGGGCAUUCGGAAGUGCAAACCUCACAUGAACUACGACAAGCUCAGUCGAGCACUUAGGUACUAUUACAACAAACGCAUUUUGCACAAAACUAAAGGCAAGCGCUUCACCUACAAGUUCAACUUCAGUAAGGUGGUUCUGGUGAAUUACCCUCUGCUGGACAUGGCCAAUUCUCCGUUCCUGUUGGCCCAGAACCACUUCAAUGGAGGAACAGCCACACCGGACUGCAGCCCUGUCACACCCGAGGCCCUUCAGUCUUUAUUCCCUCGUUUGCCUGAAUCGGGUCGAGGGCACUCUCUGUUUGAGCGCGGUGCAGGGGCCCCAGGGCCUGAUGGGGACAAGCUGAGAUUGGACACUUUUCCUUUCCUUGGCUCAGGGGCUCCUUGUUACUCCAAACCUCCAUCCCUGUUGGGUCCUUACCCACGGAACCCGGCUUUUGACUACCCCUGGGGCUUCAACCCCUAUCUCCCAGGGGCCUUUUCUCUAAACAACUGUCCCAAAUUGCCUCCAGGCUCCCUCUACUCCUCACAUUUCUACCCAAACCCGCUCCAGUCCAGCUUGUCUCAGCUACCACACCCCUUCUCUUCACUCUUACCCCCCGGAGACACGACCGGGGCAGAACAUGGUCAAACGGGAGGAACUAACGGUCAGCCCCCAAGACUCUGCAUCCCACCGUACCCAGGGAGCGUGCCACUGGGUCGGACUGAGCUGGGGAACGGGGGUACGGCUGUAGGCGACCGGGAAAGAGGGGAGACCAACACCGGUGUCAUAGGUGGAGGUCUUGGUUUAGGGUUAGGCCUAGGAUUGGGAUUGGGUUUGGGUGGGCUCAGUGUGGGAAGCGGAGGAGGAGGCCGUCAAAGCCCUUCCGAUCGGAGAAAGGGUGUGAAGCAGGAUCCAGAGUCUGACUCUGAGCUGGAGAUCACAGACCUGAGCGACUGCAGCUCGGAGAAUGAGAACGAACCGGACUUCCCUCUAAGGAAGGGGCCAGGGCUGAGUGGUCGCUCACACCUUCUAGAGGCCAAAUCCGGGGGUCUCGGGGGAGUCCUGCCCCUUGUCUCUUCUCUUCCUCCACCUGUGUCUCCACAUUCCCUCAAAAGUAUGGGACCCCUGACUCCUCCACCAUCAUCCCUGCCUCCAUCCCUCUCUCCCUCCCUCAGUAUUGUUGACCGGCAAAGGGAAACAGAGACACUGAAACUUGCUCACAGUUAAUAUGCUCUGUUGUGUGAUUUUUGAUGUCUUGCAGGUUCUCUUUUUUUGUCUGUGUAUUCCUGCAUUUGUGAAAUAAGGCUGUAUAUUCCCAUUUCAUUUUCCCCCUUCCUCUGUUCCGGUGUCCACCCAAGCCACUCAUGCAGUUCCAAUAUCAGAGCUUUCAAUUUCUGCUUUUUUCGAUUUCUGUAUCAUACAAUGAGACUCUCAAUGCAAUCUUAGUUUUUGUCAUUCUGAGAGUAUAAGUGCAGCACACACACACACACACACAAAUAGCUUUUCAUAUUAGAAUGUUUAAAUAUCUAAAUAAUUCUCAUUCUCUAAUCUCUGUUCAGAAACAGAGAUAUUUUAUAGCCAAGACAGCACAGUAAUGGAAUAUGCAUAUCUUUUAUCACCAGUUUCUGAAUUGCACCGCAUUCUGGCCAUGCUGAGACAGGCAGUAAGUUUGUUCUGCUGCAUGUAUUUCACAGACUUUUCCAUAAGUUAAUGCUAAGCUCUGCAAAACAGUGUUCAGCUGAACAGUGUAACACAAGCAAAAUGCAAUAAUGGCAACACUGAUAGUAAUUUUAAGGUGAUUCAGUGUUGCAAUAAAGCACUUUUGUUUUAUUGUGCCGAUUCAGAAAAAUAUAUGGUCAAACAUUGCCAUCUUGUGGUUAUAUUUUUCAAAGCCCUUCAUAGGUUUUUUUUUAGAGACAUUUUAUUUAUUUAUUUAUUUAUUUAUUUUAACGUUCAAAUUUCAUGUUCAGUCAAUGUCUUUUUUUAAAAUGUCCAAAAACUUUAUGAGCCUGAGAAUGAGAGACAGAGUCAAUACUGCUCAUGUCAGUGAAUAUUUAGAGUUUGUAUCUAUUUCAUUGUACAUAUUUUAUUAUUGUGUACAUUAUGUUUAAUUACUAUUACUAUAUGGAAUAGUUGUAUUGGUGUCCUUUUACUCUCUACCUAAUUGAAGAGUGAUAUAUGAGACAGGGAAAUGGAUAAGUAUAUGUGUAGUGACCCAAAGUUGACCAAGAAGGAGCAUUGUUUUCACAUUGCUCAUACGAAUAGAGUUUAGACAGGGAGGUGUGCAGAAAAUAUUAUGCUCCCUCUAAAUGUGCCCUGUGGAAAUUUUCUCCAGAUACCUCAGAAAAGUUGAUGACCCUACUGGACUGAGUUAUGCUGCUAGUCUCAUCUUUCAAUAAUUCAUUCACCCAGUGGUGAUGUACUAUAAUUAAUCAAGUGUGAAUAAUAUUAGUUGCAGCAUCUGCUCAUUUUUUUAACCAGUGUUCAUUCUAAUAUUUAAGUUUGAUAUGAACAUCCAAUCUGAAUGUAAAGACAAUGCAUAGGAGCAGAAUGACACACAUUGAUGAAUGGAUUUAACAUUGAAAACCAUUCAGUCAAGGCCUAGAACAAGUUUAAUACAAAGGCAAAAUAAAAGUAAGGUUUUGCCAAACCUGUGCCAACAACAUUCAAGGAUAUAUUAUUACAAUUCUUUGGGAAAUUAUUAUCUGAUUCUAGAAUAUAGAAAGAGUUGUUACAUGACAGUUGGUGCCCUCGACUUGCCCUUACUAAAGGAGAUUUCAUCUGUACAUAGAACUUUGUGCAUUUGUGUGUACACACUGAAAAGGAAAAAAAAAAUACCAUCUACCUAACAGUAAAGAUUUUUCUUUGUUUUAUUGUGAAAUUUAAAACAGAAAGGAUGAUUAAAACAAAAAAUGAGCAAAGAGUAAUAUCUUCAAAAGCAAUAAACAAUAUUCUUGAGAUUCAAUUGUUAGAGUAUGGAUUUUUCUCUGGCGUUCAGUAAGCCUAUGUGAUUUUAGAUCAAAUGCAUCCAAUUAAACAUCGGGUUUUUCUGUCUGUGUCAAAAGUUUCAUGAGGUAGCCUAGUCUACAUUCUGUCAGGUACAA